AUGCCUCAGAAGCUCCGACUGGCAGUCUCCCAAUCGCGAACUCUCUCGACCCUCAAAGAAACGCUCGCAUCUCUCGAAGAGACCACGAAAUCCGCAGCUAGCAAAGGCGUCGACUUGAUUCUCUUUCCGGAAGCCUAUCUAGGCGGCUAUCCACGCACAUGUGACUUUGGUGCGGCCGUUGGAGCUCGAUCUGGCGAAGGACGAGAGCAGUUCCUUCACUACUUCCGCUCCGCUGUUGACCUUGGGGACACGCCAUUGGGAGCUGGAGAUGACUGGGUGGACAGAAAGCUUCCAGUAGCGAGGGAGCAAGAAUAUAGAGGAGAUGGGACUCGCGAGUUCUUGGAAAGAAUUGCUAGAGAGACUGGCGUAUUCGUAGUUACGGGCUUGGUUGAAAAGAGUGGAGGAACGUUAUACUGCGCUGUGGUAUACGUAUGUCCCCGCUUAGGGGUUCUUGGUAAGAGGAGAAAGGUCAUGCCUACUGGUUCGGAGAGACUGGUAUGGGGACAAGGAUCACCUUCGACUCUGAAAGCUGUCACUACAACCAUCAAGGGCGUAAAGCUCACGAUGGCCGCGGCCAUAUGUUGGGAAAAUCUCAUGCCUCUCCUGAGAAUGUCCCUCUACGAACAGAACGUGAACCUCUGGCUUGCUCCGACGGCCGAUGCAAGAGAUACAUGGCUACCUUUGAUGCGGACUGUGGGCAAUGAGGGACGAUGCUUUGUGCUAAGUGCUAUCUCCUGCGUGAGAAGGAAGCAUCUACCCGACUGGAUCACGGGAGAUGUGACAAGCGGAUCUACGCAAACACAAUCCAUCGUCAAUGGCUCUCUAUCUCCUCAACGAGGUCGCAGAAGGUCUACCGUUACUGUCAAGGAAGAGAACCACGAACUUGUCCUUCCAGCUAUGGACGAGAACUUGGACUCAUCUUCUGCGAUCACCUCUAAGGCGGACGCCGUCGUACAGAAUCCAACGACCAGCCAGAGUGGAACAAAUGGCGAGGACUUCGUAUGCCGAGGCGGUAGCUGUAUCACUGGCCCGAUGGGCGAAGUAAUGGCUGGACCCUUGUGGGAGAUUGAAGAUGGAGGCCUUCUGAUGCAAGACUGCGACUUCGAGGACUGUGAGCGAGGUCGACUUGAUCUCGACGUCGCCGGAAGUUAUUCAAGAAACGAUGCAUUCAAGUUGACAGUGGAAGGAUUGGAUUUGAUACCACCUCCGUAG